CGCGACGGUGCUCUCAUCUUCCGGCGGUGUGCUCUUAUCUUGUGACAAUCUACUCUACUGAAGAGCUUCUGUACUUUGGAACAACGUCUACUGGGCUGGUGGCUGGUCGAGCUACACGCAACACAUGCUUCAGACUUGGCGGCAAGCCUGCUUGAAAGUAUUCGACAGACACCAGAAAUACCUCCCACAGUCGUGUCGCUCUCAGUCAUGGAGGGCUUUUACGUACUCGGCGCCAUGUAUGGCGCUUCAGAAGACGGUAUCAACGAUGGAGGACUACCCUUGUGAGGUCAUACGGAAUUUCUCCAUCAUCGCACACAUAGACCACGGGAAGUCUACCCUCGCCGACCGUUUGCUGGAGUUGACGCGCACUAUCAACAAACGAGUAAAAGGCGUAAAUGCGCAAGUUCUGGACAAAUUGAAGGUCGAGCGAGAGCGCGGAAUUACCGUCAAAGCGCAGACUGCCAGCAUGUUCCAUGACAAGGGGGACACGAGGUACCUACUUAACCUUAUUGACACGCCGGGGCAUGUCGACUUCUCCUGGGAGGUGGCGCGCUCCCUCGCAGCGUGUCAGGGUGCUUUACUCCUUGUAGACGCCUCACAGGGUGUGCAGGCCCAGUCCAUAUCCGUAUACCAUGUUGCGAAAUCGAAGGGUCUGACGAUCAUCCCGGUUCUCAAUAAGAUUGACUUGCCCGCUGCGCAGCCCGACAUGGUCGCCAAACAAAUGCAUGCUACUUUUGGAAUAGAACCUGCGGACGUUAUCAAGAUAUCUGCGAAGACUGGCAAGGGCGUCGAACAGGUGCUGCAAGCAAUCAUCGACCGGAUACCACCCCCGGUUGGCGAACCUCUGGACCCGCUCAAGGCAUUCCUCUUUGACUCCUCGUACGACCGCUAUCGUGGCGUCAUCUCUUUAAUGAACAUUCAAAGCGGUGUGCUCCGGAAAGGCGACAAAAUAGCUUCAUGCUUCACUCGCAAGAAGUACGAGGUCACAGAAUUAGGUAUCAUGCAUCCCGAGGAAGUGUCUACAGAUUGUCUCCGACCCGGCCAAGUAGGGUUCGUAGCUUGCAGCAUGAAGGAGUCUGCGGAAGCCCAUAUAGGCGACACGUUCUAUCGAGUCGGCCAUCCCGUGGAUCCCAUGCCAGGGUUCAAACCCGCCAAGGCAAUGGUAUACGCGGGUGUGUACCCCGUUGACAGCAACGACUUCCUGAAGCUGGAGGAGUCCAUCAAGCGGCUCUCUCUCACGGACCGCAGCGUCGAAGUGACCCGGGAAACAUCCUCUGCGCUUGGCCAAGGGUGCAGACUGGGCUUCCUGGGGACGCUGCACAUGGACGUCUUUCGUCAACGCCUGGAAGACGAAUACAAUGCCGACGUCAUCAUCACGGCUCCCACCGUCCCGUACAAGGUGCUUCACAGGAACGGAAAGGACUCAAUUGUGAGCAACCCGACCGACUUUCCAGAACCGGCCGACUUUGCAAGCGGCGGCCGCGCGAAGGGCGUGGAGGAGCCUAUCGUGAAGGCCACGAUCAUCGUCCCCGAAAAGUACUUCAGCGCGAUGAUGGAGCUCGUGUUCGAGAACCGUGGGACGGGCCUCGAGUGGCACGCUCUCGACGCGGACGGGGACACAUCCGGGGACGGCCGCGUGCUCAUGACCGCGACCCUGCCCCUGACCGAGAUCGUCACCGACUUUUUCGACAAACUCAAAAGCCGGAGCUCGGGCUUUGCCAGCUUUGACUACGAGGAUGCCGGCUACCAGGCGAGCGACAUGCGCAAGAUGACUUUCUUGCUCAACGGCAAGCCUGUGGACGCACUCGCACUCAUCGUCCAUGCAGAUAAUGCGGCUAACAUCGGGCGCCGCUGGGUGGACAAGCUGUUCAAAGUUAUACCCCGCCAGCUGUUCGAGAUUCCCAUCCAAGCAGCCAUUGGCGGUAAGGUCCUCGCACGACGGACGUUGUCUGCCAUGCGGGCCGAUGUCACAGCUGGACUAUACGGAGGGCACUACGAGCGCAAGAUGAAGCACCUGAACAACCAGAAAGAGUCGAAGCGGAAGAUGAAGCGCGUCGGGCAAGUCGACCUCCCGCAAGAAGCCUUCUUCGACCUGCUCAGCUCGAAGUGAUGGAUCGCAUCAGCCAUCACGCCCCGUCCUCCACCAACCACAAGCAGGAUUAUUGCCUGCUCUGGCGUCAUCCCUGCCUGCUCGGCCUCUUUCCAAGUUCCCACCCGGCCGUGUGGGGUGCCGCCGAAGCAUCAGCGGACGCGCCGACACACCCGCGUCCACGAUGGGCGUCUGACCGCAGCGCUGUUAUCAUAGCACCAGUCGUAAUGGUAUCGUAGCCUCAUGAUGUACCCGGCGCUCGGCGCGGGAGGUCAUCUUCACGAUUUGGCGG